AUGGUCCAAUGCACUCAACAGUACAAAUUCGGACCCGAGAUCGAUGAUUCUAUCACCGACUGGCUGAAUGACCCGAGACACCGCGGCAAAGCUAUCAAGGUUCAUCUAGCAGUUCAGGAGACCGAAGUCGACGCUUCACCCUUCGCGAUAGUCUCCAGAACAAAGGCUAUCUUCAUCACCGUUGGCGGCGACACUCGCGAAGGGAUCUUCAUCGAGGCCAUCAGAAAUCACCCUGAGAAGCUCGAUAAUCACAGUCUUCGCGCCCAAUGGUCACUCGUCAACUUGGACGCCCUUCGUGAGGAGGGAUCGCCGCUUAUUGCCUUAUUUCUCGUCGCACGUAUCUCCGCACGGCAUCGCGUUGAAGUUCUCAAUGAAUUGGCGGAUUGGACUACGGAUUGUCAUUUUGGUUUCAGUAACCGCGGCAUGCUCGUACAUGCCACGACAACUUUCUUCUUCUGGGCCGAGUACAUGGUCGGCUUCGCCUGUUCCGACAGCAACCUCCCGAUCGAAGAAGUCUCUCUAGCGGACAGACUCCCAGCUUGCAGGAGAGCAGGAAGUUGGUGCCUAGAUUUCAACCAUUCGGACCAAGAUCGCAACGGGAAGUUUAUGACUGACAUUCUCCGAGCCCAUGGAGUCGUAUAUCCAGAGCUCAGUGCUUUCAUCUGCGAGUGUGUCUCCGAGGAAAUGACAGAACCUCUGCCGGAAGUCGUCGCAUCCUGUGACUGGGGGUUCUCAAAUUCAAAGCUCUCGUAUUAUUCAGCUGUUCCGAACACGCUGUAUGUCCACUACCCGGUCUAUAGGCGACACUUUUCCCCAAAAAAAUACGAAGUACGAGAGUAUUUGUCAUACCUAGCUCCUGACGUGGCUCACGAGUGGGAGGAUCUUCAGGAGAGUUCAGAUGAUUCGGACGAUUCGGACGAUAGUCGGGAUUGA